UGUACUACUCCUUUAAGGGGACCCGGAAGUGCUUGUUAAACCGGACGUACAGAUUUCCCAAUGUGACUUACCUUGGCAAACAGUUGUUUUAAUGCUGUCUUAGUCUAGUGGUUUAAACUCUACAAAAUGUUUCUUACAACCGCAAAUUUGGCCAAGGCAAAAUCAAAGGCCGUCUUGGUGCAGAUGAUGAGCGCUGCAGGGACAGGCUACUUCUUCAACACAAAGAGGAACCGUCUCAAAGACAAAAUGGUGCUGCGCAAACAUGAUCCAUUUGUGAACCGUCACGUCUUAUUCUUUGAGAAGAGGAAGAUCAAAUCGAUUUAAUCUUAUUCUUUGAAAAGAGGAAGAUCAAAUCGUUUUAAUAAUGCACCAAAAUAAAUGGACAACAAAAGCCUGCUCGGUUUAAACUGACUGUUUUAUUGUCAUGUGAAAGCGAACAUUUCUAUUUGGCUGGCUGACGCGUCGUCAAAAGGAUUUCUUCUGGGAUCUGUCAAAAGGCCUCUACCCUCCCCACUGCACCAGCUCAGCAUGAUGCAAGCCCCAGUUGAGCUUCAAGAAAGUCUCGACUACCACCGUUUAGACAAGAAACUACAACUCGUGUGUAAAAGUUAUGUCUUUCAUAUGGGCUAUAUAGAAUCCUUAAUUACAAUUCAGUUAAGUGUUUUGCAACUUUGUGUUUAAACCGGGUAGAAUGCCUGUAAUUAAACUAUUUGUGAAAUAUGA